CGCUCGUCUUUUCUGUACGGCUCUGGUAGUAGUAGUAGUAGAUUGGCAAAUCAACACGUGUUGGAGUGGAUGGACCGUAGCUAGCUACAUUCUAAAUCAAUUAUUAUUAUUUUUAUUAGAGAUUUAAAGGAACAAUUGUUCUAUACUGUGACAAUUUAGUUCGAAGACUUACCGUUUGACCGCAGUGCAGCAUUUAUUUUUGCCUUCUCCUAUUCAGUGCAACGAUGAAAUACAUCCUGGUCACUGGUGGCGUCAUCUCUGGCAUCGGGAAGGGGAUCAUCGCAUCCAGCGUGGGAACCAUCCUCAAGUCAUGUGGUCUGCGCGUCACCGCCAUCAAGAUCGACCCCUACAUCAACAUAGACGCUGGGACCUUCUCUCCGUACGAGCACGGUGAGGUGUUUGUGCUGGACGAUGGGGGUGAGGUGGAUCUGGACCUGGGGAACUACGAGAGGUUCCUAGACAUCAGACUGACCAAAGACAACAACCUGACCACUGGCAAGAUCUACCAGUCUGUCAUCAACAAGGAGAGGAGAGGAGACUACCUGGGAAAGACCGUACAGGUGGUGCCACACAUCACUGAUGCCAUCCAGGAGUGGGUGAUGCGUCAGGCCAUAGUACCUGUUGACGAUGACGGUGUGGAGCCUCAGAUCUGUGUCAUCGAGCUAGGGGGCACUGUGGGAGACAUCGAGAGCAUGCCUUUCAUCGAAGCCUUCCGGCAGUUCCAGUUCAAGGUGAAGAGAGAGAACUUCUGUAACAUCCACGUCAGCCUGGUACCACAGCCCAGUGCCACAGGAGAGCAGAAGACCAAGCCCACUCAGAACAGUGUCAGAGAGCUCAGAGGACUGGGCCUGUCUCCUGAUCUGAUCAUGUGUCGCUGCUCCACUCCCCUGGAUAACUCCGUCAAAGAGAAGAUCUCAAUGUUCUGUCAUGUAGAACCUGAACAGGUGAUCUGCGUGGCAGACGUGUCGUCAAUCUACAGAGUGCCUCUGCUACUGGAGGACCAGGGGGUGGUGGGCUACUUCUGUCAGAGACUAGACCUUCCUAUAGAGACACGCCCCAGGAAGAUGCUUACCAAGUGGAAGGAGAUGUCUGACAGGUCAGACAGGCUCCUAGAGCAGUGUUCUAUAGCCCUGGUGGGGAAAUACACCAAGUUCACAGACUCCUACGCGUCAGUCAUCAAAGCUCUAGAACACUCGGCCUUAGCCAUCAGCCACAAACUGGAGAUCAAGUAUAUUGACUCAGCAGACCUGGAGCCAAACGCACUGAAGGAGGAGCCUGUGAAGUACCACGAGGCGUGGCAAAAACUCUGCAGUGCUGAUGGUAUCCUGGUACCUGGAGGGUUUGGAGUCAGAGGGACAGAAGGGAAGAUUCAGGCUAUCAACUGGGCACGCAAACAGAAGAAACCCUUCCUAGGUGUGUGUCUAGGGAUGCAGCUGGCUGUGUGUGAGUUUGCCAGGAACGUGCUAGGAUGGGAAGAUGCCAACUCAACAGAGUUUGAUCCCGAAUCAAAGCAUCCUGUUGUGAUUGACAUGCCAGAACACAAUCCUGGGCAAAUGGGCGGGACCAUGAGGCUGGGAAAGAGACGGACCAUUUUCAAGACCACCAACGGUAUACUAAGAAGACUUUACGGAGAUGCUGAGUACGUGGAUGAGAGACACCGACAUCGCUUUGAGGUGAACCCAGAGUUGAAGGAGCACUUUGAGGGGAAAGGCUUUCACUUUGUGGGUCAAGACGUAGAAGGAGAAAGAAUGGAAGUCAUCGAGCUAGACGAUCAUCCGUAUUUCGUAGGGGUGCAGUAUCAUCCUGAGUUCACCUCUCGCCCCAUCAAACCAUCGCCUCCCUACUUUGGCCUCCUGCUGGCGUCAGCCGGGAAACUACAGAGCUACCUACAAAAGGGCUGCCGUCUGUCUCCACGGGACACGUACAGUGAUCGGAGCGGCGGCAGCACCCCAGACUUCGAAAUAGCUGAGCCCUCCAUCUCACAGGAAUGAAUGUGACUGCGGAACACAAGGGGGAAAGAAACAAUGAAGAGCUGAAACUGAAACAUUUUUUGAUGUUUUAAUGGAGGAUCAUCAUAAGACAAGGGAUGAAUUGGCUUUUUUGUUGUUGAAGACAUUGUUUUUCCUGACCUCCCUGAACUGAAAGGGAUUGUUAGUAUUUUUUUAUAUGCUCCGGACAACGAUCAUGAAAUUGAACUGUUAUUGUCAAACAGGCCUCUCAGAAGUCCUCAUAAACAUGUGGCUGUACAAGA